AUGGUGAGAGUUCCCGGCGCGGCGCUGCAGCCCUUGGUCACUCCAGGCAGACAAACGUGGGCGUUUCGGAUCACAACACUCUUGUUUACAGAGGUGUCCCGGUCCACGGGCUAUUUCGAGCUGCAGCUUAACUCGGUGCGGAAUGUAAACGGCGAGUUGCUGAAUGGGGAAGGUUGCGACGGCAUGAAAAGCCCCGAGAACCUGGGCUGUACCCGGGACGAGUGCGACACUUACGUGAAAGUCUGCCUCAAGGAAUAUCAGGCCAAGAUCACCCCGGUCGGACCCUGCAACUACGGAUUCGGAUCUACCCCCGUUCUCGGUGGAAAUAUUUUCUAUUUGAACGCCAACAAAUACUCCCAUCAAGGCAGAACCCCCGAGACGGGCAGGAUUGUUAUUCCCUUUCAGUUUGCGUGGCCGAGAUCCUUCACGUUAAUAUUAGAAGCAUGGGAUUGGGAUAAUGAUACAAAAGCUGGUGAAGACUUGUUAAUAGAACGAGUGGCACAUGCUGGCAUGAUCAACCCUGAAGAUCGAUGGAAGACACUACAGUUUAAUGGUCCUGUUGCCCAUUUUGAAGUUCAAAUAAGAGUGAAGUGUGAUGAAAAUUACUACAGUGCUCUGUGCAAUAAAUUUUGUGGCCCUCGAGACGAUUUUGUUGGUCACUACACGUGUGAUCAAAAUGGAAACAAAGCCUGCAUGGAAGGUUGGAUGGGAGAAGAAUGUAAACAAGCUGUAUGUAAACAAGGAUGUAAUUUGCUCCAUGGGGGUUGCAGUACACCUGGGGAAUGCAAGUGUCAUUAUGGCUGGCAAGGACAGUUCUGUGAUGAGUGUGUCCGCUACCCAGGCUGUGCUCAUGGGAGCUGUACUGAACCAUGGCAGUGUAAUUGUGAAACCAACUGGGGUGGCCUGCUCUGUAACAAAGAUCUGAAUUACUGUGGAAAUCACCAUCCCUGCCUGAACGGUGGAACCUGCAUGAACACUGAACCAGAUGAAUAUCGCUGCGCUUGCCCAGACGGCUACUCCGGGAAGAACUGUGAAAUAGCGGAGCAUGCUUGCGUAUCUAACCCCUGUGCUAAUGGUGGCAUUUGCCAUGAAAUUUCAUCAGGCUUCAAGUGUCACUGCCCAUCGGGGUGGAGUGGACCAACAUGUGCAAUUGAUAUCGACGAAUGCGCAUCUAACCCUUGCGCUCAAGGAGGGACCUGCAUUGAUGGCAUUAAUGCCUUUGAGUGUAUCUGUCCACAGCAGUGGAUUGGAGCAACGUGUCAGCUUGAUGCUAAUGAGUGUGAGGGGAAACCCUGUGUUAAUGCUUACUCUUGCAAAAAUCUCAUUGGUGGAUAUUACUGUGACUGCAUUCCAGGAUGGACAGGAGUAAAUUGUCAUAUCAAUAUUAAUGACUGUCAUGGGCAAUGUCAACAUGGAGGAACUUGUAAGGAUGAAGUGAAUGGUUAUCGCUGCUUAUGCCCUCAUGGUUUCACAGGGAAAAACUGUGAGACAGAAACAAACGAGUGUGAAAGCAAUCCAUGCCAAAAUGGAGGCCGUUGCAAAGACCUGGUGAAUGGAUUCAUUUGCCUGUGUUCACAGGGCUUCUCAGGAGUCUUCUGUGAGAUGGAUAUUGAUUUCUGUGAACCUAACCCUUGCCAGAAUGGGGCUAAAUGCUAUGAUCUAGGGGGAGAUUAUUACUGUGCCUGCCCUGAUGACUAUGAUGGAAAGAAUUGUUCUCAUCUCAAGGACCACUGCAAGAACAAUUCUUGUAAAGUUAUUGACAGCUGUACAAUAGAAGUCUUCACUAAUGCUACCCAAGAAGGAAUCCGUUUCAUUUCAUCUAAUGUUUGUGGGCCUCAUGGACGGUGUAUCAGUCAACCAGGAGGAAAUUUUACUUGUGCCUGUGAAAGAGGUUUUACUGGAACAUACUGCCAUGAAAAUAUCAAUGAUUGUCUUGGGAAACCUUGCAAGAAUGGUGGGACGUGCAUCGAUGAAGUUGAUUCAUUUAGGUGUUUCUGCUCAAGUGGCUGGGAAGGGGAAUUGUGUGACACAAAUUUCAAUGACUGUUCUCCUAACCCAUGUCACAACGGUGGCCGAUGCAUUGACUUAGUGAAUGACUUCUAUUGUGAGUGUAAGAAUGACUGGAAAGGCAAAACUUGCCAUUCACGUGAAUACCAGUGUGAUGCAAAUACUUGUAGCAAUGGUGGAACAUGCUAUGACGAUGGAGAUACAUUCCGCUGUUCGUGUCCUCCAGAAUGGAUAGGAAGUACUUGCAACACUGCUAAAAACAGCAGCUGUAUCCCAAACCCUUGCAUGAAUGGUGGAACGUGUGUCGGCAGCGGAGAUUCCUUUUCUUGCAUCUGCAAAGAAGGGUGGGAAGGACGUACAUGCACACAGAAUACAAAUGACUGCAACCCUCAUCCAUGUUACAAUGGAGGCAUCUGUGUUGAUGGUGUGAAUUGGUUUCGAUGUGAAUGUGCACCUGGAUUUGCUGGGCCUGACUGCAGAAUUAAUAUUGAUGAGUGCCAGUCUUCUCCUUGUGGAUAUGGUGCCACUUGUAUAGAUGAAAUAAAUGGGUAUCGAUGCACUUGUCCCCCUGGAAGAAUUGGUCCUAGGUGCCAAGAAGUGAUUGGAAUUGGAAAGCCUUGCUGGCUUAAAGGACUGACCUUCCCCCAUGGCAGCAGGUGGGAUCAAGAAUGUAACAACUGCCACUGUUUGGAUGGCCGUAUUGACUGCACCAAGGUCUGGUGUGGGAAAAAACCUUGUCUGUUACACAGACACUGGGAUAACUCAAAUAACCAGUGUCCCAUGGGUCAAGAAUGCCAGGAGAAGUAUAUGAAAUGUUUUCAGCCACCCUGCACGGAAUGGGGAGAAUGCAGUGCCUCUGAACCUCUGCCUGCCAAUAUCAAGUGUCUGCCCAAUUCUGGGUAUUUGGAUAAUGAUUGUGCUAGAAUUACCUUAAUUUUUAAUGGAGACAAAAUCCCCCAGGGCACUACAACUGAAAAUAUCUGUUCUGAAAUUCGGUAUUUACCAGCUACAAGAACUGUUUCUAGGGAGAGAACUCUGAUAAUAUUGUGUGAUCUGUCCUACUCCACAGAGAAUGCAGUGGAAGUUGCUAUUUCUUUUGUCCCACAUCGAGAUGAACAAGACAACAGUCUGAUCCAGAAUGCUGCCAAUAUCAUAGUAAAUGCAAUCACGAAGCGGCAAAACAGCACCGUUAUGUUGGCAGUAACUGAAGUCAAAGUAGAGACCAUAGUUGUUGGGAAUUCAUCAUCAGAUUAUUUGGUUCCAAUUCUUUGUGCGGUAUUUAGCAUUGUCUGGCUGACCUGUAUAAUCAUCUGCGUGUGGUGGACUCGGAAGAGGAGAAAAGAGAGAGAGAGAAGUCGUCCUCCCAGAGAAGAGGGUGCCAAUAACCAGUGGGCACCUUUAAAUCCCAUCAGAAAUCCUAUAGACAGAUCUUACAGUAACAAAGACAUUCGCUACGAAUGCAAAAACUUCAUAUCUCCUCAAAAAAGAACUUGUGAUGCGGUAGAGGAGUAUGUAGAGUAUGAGGAAGAGGAGGAUGAAGAGGAGGAAAGAGAUGAGGAAAUGGACAAAUUCCUCUCUCACAAACUCGCAAAGCCUUUGCCCACGAAGGCACCUGACACAUCAGAGAGCAGUCCAGUAAAGAAAUCCCAUCAAAUAGGCAAAAUGGACAACAGAUCUGUAAAAAAUGUGAAUGCAUCCAACUUUGAAGGCAGUAGAGACUAAACCUGUAUUUGGAAUGUGGGCAGACGGUGCCUGCGCUUUCUGGGGAGGGAAAAAGUUGACAUCUCCACUUUUGCAUCAAGGACUAAAAAAUAUCUGGAGUCAAAUGUUCAUAGUUUCUUUAUUUUGCGUAAAAAAAAUAAAUAAAAAUAAUAAUAAAUAAAAUUUAUUUUGUUUCUUUAGCCUUGUAUAAAUUAUUCAAUGACUGUCAGAUGAAAAAAAAAUGAGUAAUCUUUGAUAGUUGCUAUUUUUGUAAAGUUUACUUAUAAUACACUCGCUGUGUGGCAGAGGAGAGGUAUUUUCAAUAUGUGUAAAGUUUAUUACAAAAGACUGUACACUGUUUACAGAAUGUAUUUCUUUUUAUUACU